AAUUUUUUAAAAAUAAUUUUUCAGAAAAAAUUUAUUUGUUAAAAAAAAUUCUAAAAUUAUCAAGUGACAGCUGACUUUAAUGUCAUGUAGUGUUUUAGUUUCCCCAUAACAAAAAAAAUUUAUCACACAGUAAAUCACAGUAAUAGCUCAAAUACUAUCAAGUGUAUAAUUGAAUUUUUCGAAAACUGAUGACGAGCAAUUGUUGCUGCGUCUCCGUGAUUCAAGUGAUUCAGUCAUUCAUCAAGUAUGGAAAAAUUAUUUCAGUUUCGAAGCGAAAAAAAUAUCCUAUCACAAUUUUUCUUUCAUGGUGGACAUUGCUACAAACGACAUGAUGAAAAUGAUAUAUAUGUUAAAUGUCUCCUGAAAAAUAUUAAAAAGUGUUAUGCACGAGGUGUAUUGAACAGAGGAGCGCCAAUUACUUUGUUGAAAGGUCAUAAUCAUUCUCAAAAUCAUAAUUUAAAGCUGAUUUUUGAUUUUAAGUACGAACUCUUUAAGGCUGUAACAUCUAAUUUGUGUGAUUUGAGAAGUAUUUAUGAUGAAUUAAGUGUUAAAUACCCCCGAGGUUCCUUUCUUCUGCCAUUCUGUCGAACGGUGAGAGUCAUGCAGCAGUGGCGAAGGAAGAUUUGUCCACCGACUCCUACGUCUCUCGGUGAAUAUUACUUGCGUCUGAAGCUAGAUCGCUGGAAGCACUUAUAUAAAUCGAAUAAUAGUAAUUUAACAGUCACCAACGUUUAUGGCAGAGAUGGAUCUAUUGCUACGGUUUUCAUUGACCCUGAUUUUUUAGAAAAUAUUCAGACUACCAAUUUGUACAUCGAUGCUACUUACAAAGUUUGUCCAACUAUGCCAAAAAACACCUAUCAGUUUUUUACAAUUAUGGCAUCAAUAAAUAAUUCGAUUUUGCCUGUUGCCUGGAGUUUAAUGUCAAGGAAAUCUACAGAUUGUUAUGUAGCUGUCAUUGAUCACUUUAAAUCUUUAUCGCAACAUAUUAUCGUAUCAUCAUACAUGACAGACUUUGAAAGUGGUCUUCGUAAAGCAUUAAAACUCUCGUAUCCAAACGCAGCCGCUGAAUCGUGUUAUUUUCACUUCAUACAGGCUAACAUGAAAAAAGCUAUAAAACUUGGAUUACUGAAAAAAUUAGAAGAUUGGGAAGAUGGAAGAAAAUUUUUUAGGAAGUUAUUAGCUUUAGCAUUAUUACCGAGUACUGACAUCAUACCAACAUUUAAUUGGUUAGUGGUGAUCCAUGCACCGUUUUAUCUUAUUUUCAAAGAUUUUCUGAAUUACUUCGUUGAUUAUUGGUUGAUGAUAAUUAAACCUGUUGGAUUUUGUGUAUUCAAAUUAAAAAAUCGUACAAAUAACUUUACCGAAGCAUAUCACCGAAGACUAAACAAAUUCUUUGGCUUACAUCCAUCACUGUGGCAAUUUACAGCAAGUCUAAGAGAUUUUCAUGAUAUGACUAAAAUUGAAAUAGAAUCGCUACAAUUACUAACGCUCCCCAUACGCAGAGCUCCACGGUCGAAUAAUUUAAUUAGAGCUGAAGUCUUAGAGAGAGCAUGGGAUAUGUAUGAAUCGAAUGUACUCGAUAUUGCUCAUUUUAUUGAAUUCGCUGCUCAUUGGUCACCAGUUUUAAGAAAUAGAAAUGUUAUGAUUAAUAUUGAAGACAUCAAUAAUUUUAUCAAUAUUCCUAUCUACAAA